AUGCCGAAGUGCAUUAAGAUGGAUCGUUUUCGAUAUAUAAGCAAUGAAGCUUGGCGUGCUUUAAUAGCAAUCGAAAUGGGACUAAAAAAUCAUGAAGUCGUGCCUCUCGAGUUAGCACUCAAAAUUUCUCACCUUAGGCGAGGUUGUAUCGGUUUCAGCCAUCUAGUUCAAGAACAGUUAAUACUAAAUAGGUUGGUAGCCUACGAAACUGAUAACAAACAUUCUAUGAAAGGAUAUCGUCUUACCAACUUGGGCUACGACUACCUUGCCCUUAAUCAACUUUUCAAAUCAGAACAGUUGAAAAGUCUAGGAACAAUGAUUGGGGCUGGAAAAGAAUCUGAUGUCUACAUAGCUGCUGCUGGUGCGCAAUGUGGGCGUCCGUCAGAUGGCUCGGAAGGUUUUUUGGAUGAUUUCCCAAAAGAAGGAGAUGCGGUCGUUGUUAAGUUUCACAGACUUGGGAGAACGUCUUUCAGAAAAGUAAAGGAAAAACGAGAGUAUCAUCAACACAGAAGUAGUUGCUCUUGGUUGUAUUUGGAUCGUCUAGCAUCUAGACGCGAGUUCGUUAUGAUGCAGAGCCUUCGAAAUAAUGGUAUCCCCGUUCCUACCCCUUACACCCACAAUCGAAAUGCUGUCGUCAUGUCAUAUGUUGCUGAUAGCCUGCCACUUUACAGAAUACUUCCGAGUAUUUUGAAUUCCAAUGAGUCUGCUUUUGCACGAUCACUUUACUAUCAAGCCAAAAAUAUAUUGAAAAGAAUUGCUUCUCUUGGUCUUGUUCAUGGUGAUCUGAAUGAGUUUAACCUGAUGGUUUCCGAUUUGGACCUUGAAGAAAAUAGUAAUCCCAAACUUGUACUUAUUGACUUCCCUCAAAUGAUCAGCCGUGACCAUAAACUAGCUAACACCAUAUAUGAACGGGAUGCAGAAGGUGUUGUCAACUUUUUCAGCCGUUAUUUCGAUAUUCCACUCAACGAUCUACCAUCUUCCCUUGAUUCUAUAAAACGAAUUGAUGAUGUUGACGUGCAUUUAAAAGCUCCGGGUUACAUCUCCAAGAAUGCUACUAAUCGCCAUUCUCAACAUACAACAGAAGAUUCACUCUUAGGUUCAGUUGCUCGACUUCAAUUAUCAUCGUUGGAAAGUAGCGAAGUUGAGGAAAAUACCUGUAACUCUGAUUCGGACAGCAUCGAUUCUACUACUGAUUCUGAAGAAAAUGAUCAGUCGCAAAUUGAAGAUGAUGAUAAAUCUAAUUCAGAGGAAAUAAACUACAAUAAGAAUAACGAAAAGGAUAUUACCAGUGUGCAAGAGACAAUUACAACGAAACGUGCCUUGAUUACUGUUGAGGAAAUUCGUGAGCGUAAUCGUCGUGAAAGAAGACGUCAAAAACAAGUUGACUUCAAUCGUCAAAUCAAACGGCAUAAUCGCGCUGCUAUAAAACGUCAGGGUCGUCUUAAUAUGAAAACUGAAGCAUUACUUUUUGGAUAA